UCUGUCAAUGGUUAACUAGUAACAAGAGCUCAGGGAAAAAUUGAAGAGAACUGCCGUUUCAGAGCUAAAGUCCAGCUAGAGAAUAAAGUACUGCACGUGUUACUGAAGAUUUUAUAAAUUUCAUGGGCUUUCCACUCCAUUUCAUCCUCCAUCUCCUCAUGCUUCCCAUCUGGGUACAAGGAUCAGAUUCCCCACACAGAAUAAAAUACAAAAAUAAUGAAACAGCUGUAUUUGGAGAAAAUGUGACCAUCUUCUGCAAUUUAACAACUCCAGCAGAUAUUGUGCAAAUUACCUGGCAGAAGAUUCAAGGUUCUUUGCCACAAAAUAUUGGCACAUAUAGCAGUGUAUAUGGAGAAACGAUUCUUCCACCAUACAGAGAUCGACUGCACUGUGAGGUCAUCGAACCCAAUUCCUCAUUCAUAACUAUCCGUGAAGUAACAUUUGAAGAUGAAGCUUGCUACAAAUGUCUAUUUAAUGUGUUCCCACAUGGCAGCCAUGGGGGACAAAUCUGCCUUACCAUUAUAGCUCUAUCUGGAUUAAAAACUGAACUCCAGUCCAAUCUUGACUCUGAAGAUUUUCUUAGAUUUAUUUACUCAGCUGUGGGAAAACCUGUUCCUCAGAUAUCUCUUUUCCCAUCACAAGUCUUGAUUAAUCCACCUGAGGAAUACCUUGCUCAGAAUCCAAAUGGCACAGUGACUAUCACUAAAAUGUGCAACAUCUCCUUGGAGACUGUGAGGUCCCUAGGUCUCCAAUAUCUGACUGUGCGCAUGGAUCAUCCUCUAAGGAAUGAAGAGAAGAUUGUUCCUUUGUCAGUCAAACAGGAAUGUACUUCUCAUUCUCCUUAUACUUGGUUGCGUAUCAUUGGUCUACCCAUACUUCUGUUAUGUUUUUUGUCGAUUGUUAUCUAUCUUGUUUGGAGAAAGAAAAAGUCAGAGAAUGCUCUUGAAACUACACCCCAGCAGAGCCAGCCUGAUGUGGAAUCUUUAAUCAACCAAGAUUUUCCUGUAAUCUUGUAAUUGAGCCAAGAACUCUGGAACUUGUUAAAAUAAAAAAAGAAUCCUUCUCAUCAAAGCAAGUGGAAGGAAAUCCCUGCCAGUAAGAAGACAACCAACCAACCAACCAACCAGUCACUCUGAAAGAAGAGAUCAUUACAGUUUGAAUACAGAAUUUGAUUCUGGAUAAAAAUAAAUGUGCAUUUUUUAAAA